AUGACUCCCCUGAAGAUGCUGCUCCUGGUCAUGCUCCUCCUGGGGGCUUCUCUGCAGGUCACCCACGCAGUGCAAGGGACCAAUGUGGGCCGGGAGUGCUGCCUCGAGUACUUCAAAGGAGCCGUUCCUCUCAAAAGGCUGAAAAUGUGGUACAAGACCUCAAGGGACUGUCCCAAGAAAGCCAUUGUGCUUGUAACUGUCCACAACAAGUCCAUCUGUUCAGACCCCAAGGACACGAAGGUGAAGAAGGCAGUCAGAUAUUUAAAAAGCAUGCGGCACCCUGGGCUCCAAGAAUCCUGA